AUGAGAGUACGAAAAGGUAAUGGAUUUCUCGGAAGGAAUCUCUCUUUUCUCCUCUCUUCUGGUUGUCGCAGGCAAGGCAAGGUGAUGGGUGUAGCGAUGUAUAUAAACGCACUUGAAAAAGCAAAACAAAAGGCGAUUCGGAUUCGAGCCACGUUUGGACAUACAAGGUCCGAUUCCAACUCGUGCACGGCUGCAUACGAGGGAGGGGAAUUAGAUGGACCUCUUUUGCCAUCGGUUAAGGAAGGCUGA